ACAAAGCCGAGGGCUAAAAGCCCACAGGAGCAUAUUGACGGACGUAGUACCGAAGCAUGGCCGGGGAAGGCGAAAAGAAACCGGUGCUUGAAAUGGUCCAGGCUGACGGGGGCGAUGACGGCUGCGUGACGUUUGUGAUGCACGAUGAGGACCACACGCUGGGCAACUCCCUCAGAUAUAUGAUCAUGAAGAAGUCAGUGAUCCCGGAAGUGGAGUUCUGCGGCUACACCAUCACGCAUCCCUCAGAGAGCAAGAUCAACUUCCGCAUCCAGACGCGAGGAGGCGUUCCUGCAGUGGAGCCGCUGCGAAGCGGCCUCAACGACCUGCACGACGUUUGCCAACAUGUCCUCAACACCUUCCAGGCGAGAGUUGCUGAGUUUAAAGAAGGCCAGGAGCAACCUAUGGAAUAAACAUCGCAACGGGAACCUUAAAGAUUCAACUUCACCCAACUCCUUCGCUCUUCAGCAGUCCGGGAUGUUUCCACGUCUUAAAUACUUGUACAGUUUAUUUUUUAAAAAUGUAAUUAUGCAAGGGAUUCAUAACGUGCGAUAAACGCGUAUCAAAUGUUGCUUUUCAUUCCCAUGCGGCCUGGCUGGUGAGUAAAAAAAAACACUUGAAAUGAUAAAAACAGGCCUACAAGAGCUUUCCUUCCUUCACUCGGGCGUCGGACUCGUUCUGGGACAUUUCACUUCUCGACUCGUGUAACGGCGUUUUUGAAAGGCGCUCGGGGUUCGAACGUCUGAAUCUCCUGACGGGAGCCAGGAAAGUUCUGGAAGCUGAUAUGUCCUUAUUAGCAGAGGAAUGCGGCGCCGGGCUCUUCAAACUGAGGCUGGAGGGACAGCAGGUCAAAUGAGGGAGGAGGGGGGAAAAAAAAGAGUGUGAAUAAUAAGCUUGAAGUUGGUUGAGGGUAAUCGCAUAACGUGUUCAGAAUGUUUCAACAAAGAAAAGAUGUCUCCUUUAACAAAAUAAAUGGGUCCUGGAAGAUUUUAGAAGAGUUUGCUGUGGCUGAAAUUUUAGAGAAAUGAAGUGUUUUUGUGUCAGAGAACCAUGUGAACGGAUCAAUACCAUUAUGUCUGUCAGGUAACGAAGCUGGAGCCAGCGCUGGAAAGCUUUAUGUAAGCAGCUGGAAUGGUGGGAAACUGAUCGUUUAACGUUCACAGUUUGUCCUCAGAUCCCAUCGAGGUUCGUUAAUAAUUUAUGUUAAAUGUUUGUUUAAUAUGAAAAAAUCCUUUUGGAAGACUUUGAAGAGACAUUGUCUUUUUUUUCUUUUCCCCUGAAUUAAAAAAAAAAAUCUCUUCUUCUCUAACUCAUGUCCUUUAAGUUCAUCCAUCCAUCAUUUUCCAUCGGGUCGCUGGUGGUAAAAAGGGCAGGAAGGAUACCAGAUUCCAAGUUGUUUAGGCAACAAAUGCCUGCCAAGAAGUAAAAAAAAAUGUGACUUUAGCAGCGUUUUUU